AUGGCACUGAGCAAGGAAUAUGGCUCCAUGUACACCGUGUACCUGGGGCCCAGGAGAGUCGUGGUACUCAGCGGGUACCAAACGGUAAAGGAGGCGCUGGUGGACCAGGGGGAGGAGUUCAGUGGCCGUGGAGAUUAUCCAGUGUUUUUCAACUUUACUAAGGGGAAUGGCAUCGCUUUCUCCAAUGGAGAACGGUGGAAGGCCCUGAGAAAGUUCUCUGUCCAGAUACUACGGAACUUUGGGAUGGGAAAGAGAAGCAUUGAGGAGCGGAUCCUGGAGGAAAGCAGCUUCCUGUUGGAGUCCCUGCAGAAUACACAAGGCGAGCCCUUCGACCCAGUGUUCGUGCUGAGCCGCUCCGUGUCCAACAUCAUCUGUUCUGUGAUCUUCGGCCACCGUUUCGAUUACAGCGACGAGCGUUUGCUGGCCAUUAUCCGCUUCAUCAAUGACAACUUCCAGAUCAUGAGCAGCCCCUGGGGCGAGCUAUACAACAUCUUCCCGGGUCUUCUGGACUGGCUGCCUGUGGGAUCGCACCGACGAAUGUUCCAGAACUUCAGAGGUAUGAAAGAUCUGAUCGCUCGCAGCAUCCGUGAACACCAGGCUACCCUAGACCCCGACAACCCCCGGGACUUCAUCGAUUGUUUCCUCACCAAGAUGGCACAGGAGAAGAAGGACCCGCUCACCCACUUCCAAAUGGACACCCUGCUGAUGACCACACAUAACCUCCUUUUCGGUGGCACCGAGACAGUGGGCACCACGCUGCGCCAUGCCUUCCUCAUACUAAUGAAAUACCCCAAAAUUCAAGCCCGCGUGCAGGAAGAGAUCGACGCCGUGGUGGGCCGCUCGCGACAGCCCACGCUGGAGGACCGCGCGGCCAUGCCCUACACCGAUGCCGUGAUCCACGAGGUGCAGCGCUUCGCUGACGUCAUCCCCAUGAACCUGCCGCACCGCGUCAUCAAGGACACGGCCUUCCGCGGCUUCCUGAUACCCAAGUUCAAGACACCCCAGGAGUUCAAUCCUGAGCAUUUCCUAGAUGCCAAUCAGUCCUUCAAGAAGAGUCCAGCCUUCAUGCCCUUCUCAGCUGGACGAAGGCUGUGCCUGGGGGAGCCUUUGGCCAAAAUGGAACUCUUCCUCUACUUCACUGCCAUCCUGCAGCGUUUCACCUUGCAGCCGCUGGGGGCGCCCGAAGACAUCGACCUGACCCCGCUCAGCUCUGGGCUGGGCAAUGUACCCAGGCCUUUCAAGUUGCGGGUGCUCCCGCGCUGACACCCCCACACCUGGAAGCCUGGCCUGUGAGCUUGGUAGUGAAUGUCUAUCUAGGGAAUAGUUUAUCUUUCUCCUCCACCGUCACUUUCCCUUUGCCUGUCAUCCUACAUCCAUCCUGUACCUUUAUCCACUGUGGGUUCAGAGAGAAAUACUUGGGGAUGGAAAUGCAUCUCCUGUGCCCUGGACCUGCACAAUGUGUUCUGUGACUUGCCCUUUCCUGGAAUUUCCAAUCCAAUUAUCUUUCUAAUAGAUUCUAACCUGUCUUGGCUGAGUUAAAUGACACUGGUAUUACCUAUCCAUGGUCAGAAUGGCCAUCAUUAAGAAAAUAAACAAUUGGUCACUGGUA